UCCUGUGUUUUGGUGCGCCGAGGAAUCACGUGACAUGUCUAUAUUCUUGUUUUGAUCAUCUCAUUUCCUACACAGUCUCCGAAAUUCUCAAUACCGCCGUAAAAAUGGUGACACCGGAGAACUUGUCCGGCGAGACAGGUGCUCAAAGGGAGCCCAAAUUUGACCGGGAUGCGUCCACGACCGCCGUGGACACAGCAAUCGUGCUUCUCGGAGCCGGGGUGACAGCGAUCACACACCCGCUGCUGUACGUCAAACUGCUAAUUCAGAUUGGACAUGAGCCCCUCACCCCAACUGUCGGAAGCACCAUGUUUGGGAGGAAAGUGUUGUACCUCCCUGGAUUCUUCUCCUAUGCACAGCACAUCAUAAGGGUGGAUGGAAAGAGGGGACUCUUCCGAGGUCUGUCCCCUCGUAUUAUGUCCAGUGCCAUCUCUACCAUGGUCCGGAGUAAAGUCAAACAGACCAUUCCAGCAGAGGAGGUAGAGAAUGUAUCUGACAGAGAUGACUUGAACACCUCCAUCAGGAAAGUGGUCAAAGAGACCUCACAUGAGAUGGUCAUCCAGUGCCUGUCCAGGAUAGCCACUCAUCCCUUCCAUGUGAUCUCAGUGCGCUGCAUGGCCCAGUUUGUGGGGAGAGAGAUCAAGUACAGGGGGUUGUUCAGCUGCAUAGCCAACAUCUUCAAGGAGGAGGGCGUUGGGGGAUUCUUUGCGGGGGUUGUGCCCCAUGUCCUGGGUGAGGUCAUCUUCCUGUGGUGUUGUAACCUCCUGGCCCACUUCAUCAACACCUACGCAGUGGACAACAAUUUCAGCCAAGCCCCAGCAGUGAGAAGCUACACUAAGUUUGUGAUGGGGAUUGCAGUGAGUGUGUUGACAUACCCAUUUAUGCUGGUGGCAGACCUGAUGGCAGUGAACAACUGUGGCUUAGUGGCUGGUGUUCCCCCUAACUCUCCCAUCUUCAAGUCCUGGGUGCGCUGUUGGGCUCACCUGAGCCAUGAGGGCCAUCUCUUCCGAGGAUCCAGCUUCUUCUUCCGCCGCGUACCUGUGAAAGCGAUGGCCUUAACUGAGGAGUGAUGUCAUCAACCGCCGCACAACCUGUGCCACUGUUCUCCCUCCUAACUGGUACCUCAGUGAGACCAACGUACAGCCCACCAAGUCAAACCUCCCCCUCACCUUAAACACCCUGGGGGGUACAGCAGGAGCAGCAAGAUAUCAAUGGGCUUGGUGAUCUACUGAUCUUUUUUUUUUUUUUGCUGAAUCAAAGUUACUUACAAAAGAAGUUGUUUUGUUAAUUUGGUUUUUAAUCUUAAGUAUUAGUGUAGCCACUCAAAAGUAAAGAGGUUGGAGAAUUCAUGUGAGCAAAUCAAAAUGCUAUCCAAUAGAUGUCCUCUUGGUUGAAUGCUGAGAGUAUAAUCUCCUUUUACUAUCCCAGCCUAAAGUUGCACAAUUAUUUUAUAUUUUUUUAUUCAAAUCUAUCACUUCAUUUAGCCAUUUAUUUAUUUUUAUAUACAGUUUAAUUAAGUUCUAUGUAAGCUUUGGAAUUGGAUAGGUGAUAACGUCAUCUAUUGAAAUAUGCCAAAUGUUUAUUUUUCAAAUGAUCUUCUUCCCAGAAGCAUGAUAAGUGUGCUUGCAUUCAAAGGGGAUCCUUUGUCUCCUAUCAGAAGUGCUUUAACCAAGAAUUAUACCUAUUCAGAAACAUCAUAAACCCACGAUAACUGGAGUACUCUCCUUUCAACCAUAAGAUUAAUUAGACAACUGGUUUCUCGCAAAUUCUUACAAAUUGCAGCUCUAGUGUUCGCCUGCCAUGAGGAGUAUGAAACGGGAGGAAUUCAGAGGGCAACCAGUGGUUUUCAGGGAUGUCUAAAAACUUAGCCUGCCAUGAGGAGUAUGAAAUGGGAGGAAUUCAGAGGGCAACCAGUGGUUUUCAGGGAUGUCUAAAAACUUAGCCUGCCAUCCAAAAAAGGUUUUCUCUGUGGCCAUAUUGACAACUGUCCUUAAUGUAUAAUAUAUCAAAGAAGUGAUAUAUCUAACUGGUGCAACAUUAUGGGUAUGUUUGUGUUACCAAUGACAAAGAAAUGCUAAAUUAUGUGAUGACAAUGGCUGAGCAUAUUAUGCAUAUUACGAUACAUUUUGCAGUCAGGCUAAGGGUGUGUGCCUGAUCUUUGAACCAACCAUUUCUGUUUGUUCCUUUUUGACUGCAGGUGAAGAUCCCAAUUAACCUGAUAGUUUAGUUAACCACUUGUAGUAGCAUAUAAAUAAAAAGGAAUCACCUUACCUCCUCGUUAACAUUAUCAUAUUGUGUCUCCCCCUGCCCCCAUGAUCAGUGUUAACCACACAAUGAUCUUGACCGGGUUUGGUAUAGGCUGUUUUUGUCCUUAUUCCAGAUUUUUUAUUGCUCUAAUCAUGUCUACUUGAAAUAAUGUGUGGGAAAAAAGCUUGCAGAAGAGACCUGCUUUGCCAAGUGUGUGAGUGGGUUUAUGAUGUGUGCAUCUUUAUACCAUGUAAUUGAGAAUAUGAUGUCCAGUGCUGUAAUCUUUCUGUAAUGUUUUUUUUCUUCUCAAAAUGUCAUGAGCAUUCACUCGUGUGUGUGUGUGUGUGUGUGUGUGUGUGUUCCAGUCAAACAUUCCCUGUAAACUGUGAUCUCCGAAAGAGGGAGAAGCAAUGUUGCUUUGCGACCUUGCAUUUCCGAUGUCUAUUUCCCUGAAAUAAUAUGAAACCUGGCAUUCUUGUCUAUUCUACAGUAUCUGUGUUUGUUUUUAACCUAUCGUUUGAUCUGGUUUUAUAUUUUUUUUAAAAGAAAUUACAUGGAUGAUGUGAUGGUCUACAAGUAGUCAUUUCUCUGUGACCAACUGGGCAGACACACACACAUUUUUGUGCCAGGCAGCAGCUUGAAUGAGAGGGUCAAAGAGUGGUAAUUUCCUGUAAAUGUAUUAGCUGGGACAGACACAUACGUUUUGUUCCCUGCAUAGUUAAUCAUUCAUCAGCUUUUCAUUAAACCCAUUUGUAAUAUAAAAUCUA